AACCAAAACGUUACGAACUAUUUUACUGUGGAUGUAGCGCACUGUGUUUGUGAGAGGUAACACAACGUGCACCAAGUUAAUGUCAACAUUACCUCACCUGUAUUUUGGUACAAACACAGGAAAUUAAUACUAGCUACUAUGUCGACGUACCUAACAAAUGUGAUAAUUUUCUUAACUUGUUUUAUGUGUGUUGAUUUACAACAAAGUGACUGUCCUCACAAAUGUGUUUGUUUUAGAUCUACCGUUAGAUGCAUGUUUGCCCAGCUGGAUGCAGUUCCAUCACAAAUUCCUAAGGAUACAACGGUGUUAGAUCUAAGAUUUAACAGUUUAUCACAAUUGAACAGAGGAUCAUUUAUAGGAUUACAUAAAAUAGAUACUUUAUUAUUAAAUAACAAUAAGCUAAGAAGACUGACAAAUGGUGUAUUUGAAGGUCUUACAAAUUUACGUUUUUUAUAUUUAUAUCAGAAUGAAUUAGAAGAAAUUGAAAGAGAUGUUUUUGCAGAUACUCAAAAUUUAGAACAGUUAUUUUUACAUAGUAAUAAAAUCAAACAUUUACCAGAUGGAUUAUUUUCACAGACAAAUAAUCUACAAAGAUUACGACUGGACGAUAACCCAGUUGAUUGUGGAUGUAAAAUGCAUUGGUUAUACCAAUUGUUACACGACAGAAAUAGAAACGUUCAAGGUGCCGUAACAUGUAAAGGACCCCCAACCUUUGCAGGGAGAGCACUAAAUACUCUGGAUGAAAAUGAUUUUCAGUGUGAUGAGCGGACAUUAAUAAUAGAAGACAACCGUAGCAGCAAUACACGACCUCAAAUAAUAACAGAGCCAUCAGCUGUGAAUGUCACGUUUGGUAACACAGCUUAUUUCGUAUGCCGAGCUGAAGGUACCCCAAGACCAGAGAUUACCUGGCUACAUAAUGAAUACCAAUUAGACUUCAGUGACCCACGGAUUAAUCAAUUAGAAGAUGGAACACUCAUGAUAUACAACACCAAGAAAUCAGACAGGGGAGACUAUCAAUGUAUGGCUAGAAACCCAUCAGGAGAAGUCAAAGCUAAAAAGGUCCAGUUAAGAUAUUCUGAGGCUGAAGUUGCACCACGGUUCAUUGCUACUCCCCAGGAUGUAACAACAUCAGUGGGUAAUUCAGUACAAUUAACCUGCCAAGCUACAGGUCACCCUGAACCACAGAUACAAUGGACCAAGAAUGGUAACCAGUUAUCUCCCUCUAAUAGAAUCAGUGUCAUGUCCAAUGGAGACCUACACGUAAAUAAUGUACACACAGAGGACCAAGGAUUAUACAGAUGUACUGGUGUCAGUAGUGCAGGCUCUAUAGGAGCUGCUGCUAGGAUUGCAGUACAUCAGCCACCAAAAUUCCUAACAGAACCAUCUGACGUACAAGUAACUGGAGGAAGCACAGCCACAUUUAGAUGUGAAGUUUCAGGAACUCCAACUCCACGUAUCCUUUGGAUUCAAGGAGUUGGUAGCCCUUUACCUCGAGAAGAAAGAUUUGACGUACAGAAUGAUGGUCGUUUACUACAGAUCAGAUAUGUUGAAGAGAAAGAUAAAGGACUGUAUACCUGCAGAGCCAUUAAUGAUGUAGCUACUGUAGAGGUUUCAGCAGAACUAACCAUACUUCAACAGUCCACUCCAAUAGCAGCCAGUAGAGAAUCCACAGUGGACACUUAUGCUGGAGCAGAUAUAAUCCUCCACUGUACAUCUGAUGGAGAACCUACUCCACAGUUCCGGUGGAUAAAAGAUGGGACGUUUAUACAGAACUCCCACAAGUUCUCCUUACAAGGGAAUCGUAUGAUAAUAAGGAAUGUUUUACAGAGUGAUCAAGGCAGUUAUGAAUGUUAUGCUGAGAACACAGUUGGAUUUGCUAGAAAUACAGUGGCACUCAGAGUGUUUGGUGAGGAGAAAACUUACCCAGGAAAUAGGUUUGUUGACCAGGCAAUAGAGCAAGCCACACAAAGAGUGGACACAGCUAUUAAUCAAACUAGAGCUCAGUAUUUUAACAAAGACAAAAAGCACUCAGUACAAGAUAUGUUGGCAAUUUUCAGAUAUCCAUCUGCUGAUGCCUUGGGAAUUGCUAGAGCAGAAGAAAUUUUUGAACAGACCCUACAAAUUAUUCAUGACCAAGUGAAAGAAGGACAUCAGUAUGACUUAAAAGAUACUGCUGCAGAAUCCUAUACAGACAUUAUUUCCCCUGGCCAUCUGAUGCUGAUAGCCAACAUGUCUGGAUGUUUGUCUGUACCGCGGGAUAUUCUUAACUGUAACAACAUGUGUUAUCACCGCAAAUAUCGUACAUUAGAUGGAACAUGUAAUAAUUUACAGAACCCAACCUGGGGAUCUUCUGUGACUGGAUUUAAAAGAUUGUUACCGCCCAUUUAUGAAAAUGGAUUCAAUACACCUGUAGGUUGGACACAAUCAAAGCUGUACAAUGGGAUACAUUUACCAAGCCCUCGUCUUGUGUCGUCACUACUAAUGUCGACUGAUCAUGUGACAGAAGAUGAGAAAUAUACACACAUGUUAAUGCAGUGGGGUCAGUUUGCUGACCAUGACAUGGACUUAACUCCUCAGUCCAUCAGUUAUGCACAGUUUAGUGAUGGUCGUAGGUGUAAUGAGACAUGUGAUAAAUCCUACCCUUGUUAUCCCAUCCCUGUUCCAAGAAGUGAUAACAGAAUAACCUCCCAUGCCUGUUUGGGAUUUACAAGAAGUAGUGCCUUGUGUAAUUCUGGUUCUACAUCUAUUUUUUAUAAGACUUUUGCUCCUAGAGAACAAUUGAAUGUGAUCACAGCAUUUAUUGAUGGAAGCAGUGUUUAUGGUAGCAGUGACUUUGAAGCACAGAGAUUACGUGAAUCAACCGGAUUAAUGAGAGUUGGAGUUCUCUCAACUGGUGGGAAGCGAUUACUUCCCUUUGAUAAUUCUGGUUUCUUACACCACCUUGAUUGUCAGGUGGAGCCAAACAAGAAAAGGGUUCCUUGUUUUAGAGCUGGUGAUCCUCGUGCUAAUGAACAAAUUGCUUUAACAGCAAUGCAUACUUUAUUCAUGCGAUACCAUAAUCAUCUAGUUUCAAGAUUUUCCUUACUGAAUCCACACUGGGACGGCAACAUGUUAUAUCAUGAAACUAGAAAAGUAAUGGGUGCUAUAAUGCAGCAUAUCACAUACCAUCAAUGGUUGCCAAAGAUAAUAGGUGAAAGUGGAAUGAAGAAAUUAGGACUUUACAGACUUUAUGACCCAAAUGUUAAUCCAUCAAUUGCCAAUGAAUUUGCCACAGCUGCAUUUAGAUUUGGACAUUCUUUGAUUCAACCAAUCAUUUUAAGGCUGAACGAAAGUUUCCAGCCAAUCCCUGAAGGCAAUUUACCAUUACACCAAGCCUUCUUUUCACCACAUAGAAUAAUUGAAGAAGGUGGAAUCGAUCCAAUUUUACGGGGACUUGUUGCAUUCUCCGCUAAAAAGAGAAUGCCAGAUGAGAUGAUGAAUUCUGAGUUGACGGAAAAGUUAUUCUCACUGGCUAAUGUAGUUGGCCAGGAUUUAGCCUCACUGAAUAUACAGAGGGGUAGAGAUCAUGCCCUUCCAUUUUAUAAUGAGUAUAGAAAACUAUGUGGAUUACCAGAAGCUAAUGUAUUUAGUGAUUUACGAAAUGAAAUAUCACCAAGAGUUUUAUCAAAACUUCAGGAUCUAUACAAUCAUCCAGGAAAUAUUGAUUUAUUUGUUGGUGGAAUGGCAGAAACUCCAUUAGAAGGAGCUAAAGUUGGACCAACUUUUAUGUGUAUUAUUGUGGAUCAGUUCAAAAGACUUAGAGAUGGGGAUAGAUUUUGGUAUGAGAAUCCUGGUGUGUUCACUGUAGAUCAGUUAAGUGCCAUAAAACAGAUGACAUUAUCUAGUGUAAUGUGUGAUGGUGGUGACAACAUCAACAAAGUACAGAAAGACGUGUUUCUCCGAGUCCAUGACAAGUCAGAAUACCUAAGCUGUGACAAAAUACCCAAACUUAAUGUCAAUAUGUGGUCAGACUGCUGUGCAGAUUGUAGUAAAGCCGGUGAUUUCCAGUCCAUAACAAGUCAGUACUCCCGUAGCAGACAAUCUCGACAAUUCUCAUUCAGAAAUGAUUUUACACAACUACAAAAUGAUGGACCAAGACAACCAGUUAGACAUGAGUUUGAUAGAACUGUCUAUGAUGAUCAAAUUAAAGUGUUUAACAACCAUAUCCACCAGUUUGAGACUAGAAUUGAUAAUAUGGAGACCACAAUAAGUGAUCUGACAGAUUCUAUGACAUUCAUGGAGAAAAAGAUGAAAAAGAUGCAUAGACAGAUGAAACAUCAGAAGAAAUUUUGUAAAGAUGAAACUGGAAGAAAGAGGAGAGACCAAGAUACCUGGAAAGUUGAUGAUUGUAAAACAUGUUUAUGCAAGAAAGGAACAAUUGAAUGUGAAAAAGAGGUUUGUGAGAUGACCCAUAACUGUGAAAGACCCACUCAAGUUCCUGGAGAGUGUUGUCCUAGAUGCUGACCUUUGACCUUUUAACUGUUUCAUUGAAGACAAAUGGCUACGCCAUGUAAAGAAUGUAUAUCUCACUGCCAUAAUGUGAUAUUUUUAUGUAAGGUCUGACUUUGCGAGAUCUCAUCCUUUUUAUUUUAAAAGAGUUUUUUAUAACAUUAUCAUGAAAUGAUAUCAGGCAUUUAAAUGUUAGGGUAGAUGGGGUUUUUGUUAUAUAGGUUUUUGCCUAUAUAUAUGAUAUUUUUGAGGACAUUUAAAAAAACUAGUAGACUGUCAAUUGUUGAUUGAAGAAUACAAUAGUGCAUUGAUCUAAUACUGAUUUAAAAGAGAAAAGAAUGAAAAUAACAAGACUCUGGUUUGCUCUGGUCACUCCAGUUGACCAAUGUUAUUGUGAUGUAAGAAUGAUUGUUUUGUAUACAGCAGUGAUCCUAAUUAUUGUCAGAUAUUACAUGUACAUACCGGUAGUAAGUUUUUGGUAAGAGUAAAAAUGUGCUUCAUAAAUAAGCAAAUACAGUUUUCCUAUAUACAAAGGUGAUAAGGACGUCACCCCCUAUCAAUAAAGUAUUGAAGUUGACCCCCACGAAUAGAGUUGACUUUAGCACAGUAGGUUUGACUGUACUUGAACAAUGAUGGACAGUCUAAAAUCCUCAUAUUCCUGCCACAAUGCAUGAAAUUGUAAAUCUUAUGUUACACUUUAAAUUGUGAAACCUCAUUGGCAUGACAAUAUCAAAAUUUGUGAUGUCGUCUUCCAUUUUGAUAAAAUAUAAAUCUCUCUCAGGUUUAUUUUUUUCUUACGAUUUUCUAUAUCAUAUUGAUUCAGAUUUUGCUACUUCAAGAUUUUGGGGACUUGGUGAGUCACAUUUAUAAAAAACAAAACAUUUUAAUUAAAGUAAAUUUUCUAUGUUUUUUUAUAACAGCUUUUGCUCUUUGAUAUAUUCCCCAUUUCUAUUCUCAUUUUUCAACUUAAUAUUUGAAUUUUUUUGAUACAAACAAAAAUGCUUAUCUUUUUUCACAAUGAGAAUACUAUUCAAAGAUAUAGCCAAUAUAUUGCAUGUACUCGUUUACAAGUAUUUGAUUGUAUGAGUUAGUUUUUGGUGAAAGAAAAAACAUAUGUAAAAGAGAAAUGAAGUUUUCUGUAAAAGGUAGUGUAGAUUUGUAUCGACACUAAUACCAUGGUGCUAUUUUAUAUAUAUAAUGACAAGCCAUAGAGGGUAACCAUUGUCAUAAAUAUCUCAUUUAAAUAUAUACAGCUCAUAAUGCUUUUUAGAUUAUUUACAUUAUAUUGUUUUUUUACAUCUGCCAGUGCUUUUAUAUGUAAUUAUUAUUUUUGCACUUGAUUUAAUAUUUGUUUUUUAUUUAAAAAUAAAAAAGCAUUUUUAUGGUAGUUUUAUUUUAUCGUAGUUAGCAACUAUUUUGUUCAUUUUGUAUCAUUACGCACAUCAAAAAUGCAUUAUAUGUAUUAUGACUUGUUUUUGUAAGAACAUUCAUAUCAUUGUUAAAAAAAUCUUCAUACUGUCAUAAUUCUUACUUCUAAAAUGAAUAACUUUAAUUAUACAAUGUACUUACUAAUAAUAGGAAUCAGGCAAUGCAAGCUUCACUAGGUUAAAAAGCUUCAAGGUGCUCUAGUUCUUCAUGUUAAAUUCAUAUAAAUUAUGAAAUUUCUUGUUAAACAUAACAUAAAUAAUUAGAAAAUAUGCAUCAAGAGUUAUGUUCCCUUACUCUAUCUUGAAAAGUUUUCGUUUGAUACCAUAUCAUUAAUUGCAGUAUAUCUGCAAAACUAUUUUCAACAAAAUUGACAGUCAUUUCCCCUUAUACUUAACAUACACAUUAUUUAAAAGUAACAUGCAAGUUUAAAUAAAAUUUUAAAUAGGUGUCCAUGUAUGAUGUAUUUUUAUAGCACAUGUCGAAACAAAUAUCUGCCAGUCAACUUUAAAUGAUUUGCUUUUAGUAUUUGUUUUGGGUUUACUUGUAAGUGAAUAUGUUUAAGACAUUUUUUUUUAAUCUCAGGGUUUUACAAUCUUAUAACUUUAUUUUGAAGUGAAGAUUCUUGCACAUGUUUGGUACUGAUUUCUGAAGUGAAGAUUCUUGCACAUGUUUGGUACUGAUUUCUGAAGUGAAGAUUCUUGCACAUGUUUGGUACUGAUUUCUGAGGUGAAGAUUCUUGCACAUGUACUGAUUUCUGAAGUGAAGAUUCUUGUACAUGUUUGGUACUGAUUUCUGAAGUGAAGAUUCUUGCACAUGUUUGGUACUGAUUUCUGAAGUGAAGAUUCUUGCACAUGUUUGGUACUGAUUUUAAGUACUUUCACCUGUGUAAUUGUUAAAUCAAUGUACUAUAAAUCUGACACAAUAAAAAUCUUUGAGGCAAGGUUUGUUGCCUACUAUUAUUUUUUAAAUUUUAUGCACAGCUAUCAGGGUAACAGAGAAUGAAGCUUUUUUGGUUCUUACAAAAAAAUAUAUAUCAUGUAAAGAAAUCCCAACACAGUUGAUAUUAACAUUUUUGAAAUAAAACUGAAAAGUUCAUUCAAUAA